GGGUGGUGCGCGGCAAGAUGGCGCCGCCGGGCAACGGCGCGCGCUGAGGCGAGCGGGGCCGGGGCAUGCGGCAGCGGCUGCUUCCUGCGCUGAGGCGGGCUCUGCUGCGCUCGCCGACACCCUGCGCCGCCCCGCUUCUAUCCUGCUGCCGGCGGAGCGGAUUCCACGGGUUUCAAGAAGAGACAAACAACAAAAUGAACAAUCCUGCUAUUAAGAGAAUAACAAAUGAAAUUAUCAAAUCACCUGAGGAUAAACGAGAAUAUCGUGGACUGGAGUUGGCAAAUGGCAUUAAAGCUCUUCUCAUUAGUGAUCCCACCACAGAUAAAUCUUCAGCAGCACUUGAUGUGCACAUAGGAUCCUUGUCUGAUCCCCCCAACAUUGCUGGGCUUAGUCAUUUUUGUGAGCAUAUGCUGUUCCUGGGAACCAAGAAAUAUCCAAAAGAGAAUGAGUAUAGCCAAUUUCUUAGUGAGCAUGCUGGGAGCUCAAAUGCUUUCACGAGUGGAGAACAUACCAACUAUUACUUUGAUGUGUCACAUGAACAUCUAGAAGGUGCGCUAGACAGAUUUGCCCAGUUUUUCCUAUGUCCUUUGUUUGAUGAAAGCUGCAAAGACAGGGAAGUGAAUGCUGUUGAUUCUGAGCAUGAGAAGAAUCUGAUGAAUGAUGCCUGGAGGUUGUUUCAAUUGGAGAAGGCCACUGGAAACCCCAGUCAUCCCUUCAGUAAAUUUGGAACAGGGAACAAACUCACUCUGGAAACUAGACCAACCAAAGAAGGAAUAGAUGUAAGAGAAGAGCUACUGAAGUUCCAUUCUACUUAUUAUUCAUCAAAUUUAAUGGCUAUUUGUGUCUUAGGAAGAGAAUCUUUGGAUGAGUUGACUUGCUUAGUGGUAAAGUUAUUUUCAGAAGUAGAGAAUAAAAAUGUCCCUGUACCAGAGUUUCCUGAACAUCCUUUUCAAGAAGAACAUCUUCGGCAACUGUAUAAAGUGGUACCUAUUAAGGACAUUAGAAAUCUUUACGUCACAUUUCCUAUACCAGACCUUCAGAAGUACUAUAAAUCAAACCCUGGCCAUUACCUUGGUCAUCUGAUUGGGCAUGAAGGCCCAGGGAGUCUCUUAUCAGAGCUUAAAGCCAAAGGAUGGGUAAAUACUCUUGUUGGAGGACAGAAGGAAGGUGCUAGAGGUUUCAUGUUUUUCAUCAUUAAUGUGGACUUGACAGAGGAAGGACUUUUGCAUGUUGAAGAUAUUAUUUUGCACAUGUUUCAAUAUAUUCAAAAACUACGUACAGAAGGACCUCAAGAAUGGGUUUUCCAGGAGUGCAAGGAUCUAAAUGCUGUGGCAUUCAGAUUUAAAGAUAAAGAACGACCACGAGGUUAUACGUCAAAGCUUGGAGGAAUGUUGCAUUAUUAUCCUAUAGAAGAAGUGUUGGCUGCUGAAUAUUUGCUUGAAGAAUUCAGGCCUGAUUUAAUAGAGAUGGUACUGGAUAAGUUGAGACCAGAAAAUGUUCGAGUUGCAAUAGUUUCCAAGUCUUUUGAAGGAAAAACCGAUCGAACAGAAGACUGGUAUGGAACACAGUACAAGCAAGAAGCGAUUUCUGAUGAAGUUAUUAAGAAAUGGCAGAAUGCUGACCUGAAUGGGAAAUUCAAGCUUCCAAUGAAGAAUGAGUUCAUUCCUACUAACUUUGAGAUUUUGCCACUGGAAAAAGAUGCGACACAGUAUCCUGCCCUUGUCAAGGAUACUGCUAUGAGCAAGUUAUGGUUCAAGCAAGAUGACAAAUUUUUUUUGCCAAAAGCUUGCCUCAACUUUGAGUUUUUCAGUCGCUACAUUUAUGCUGAUCCUCUCCAUUGCAACAUGACAUACCUGUUUAUCAGGUUAUUGAAGGAUGAUUUAAAAGAGUAUACAUAUGCAGCACGCCUCUCAGGUUUGAUCUAUGGCAUUGCAUCAGGAAUGAAUGCAAUACUUCUUUCUGUGAAAGGUUAUAAUGACAAGCAGCAUAUCUUGCUCAAGAAGAUCAUUGAGAAAAUGGCUACUUUUGAGAUUGAUGAAAAAAGAUUUGAAAUUAUCAAGGAAGCGUACAUGAGAUCGCUUAACAACUUCAGGGCUGAACAGCCUCACCAGCAUGCCAUGUAUUAUCUCCGACUCCUGAUGACAGAAGUUGCGUGGACCAAAGAUGAAUUAAAAGAAGCUCUAGAUGAUGUCACUCUUCCCCGCCUCAAGGCCUUUAUAGCUCAACUGUUGUCACGGUUACACAUUGAAGCUCUUCUCCAUGGCAAUAUAACAAAACAGGCUGCAUUAGGAAUUAUGCAGAUGGUUGAGGACACUCUGAUUGAGCAUGCUCAUACAAAGCCGCUCCUUCCCAGUCAGCUAGUGAGAUACAGAGAAGUGCAACUUCCUGACAGAGGCUGGUUUGUAUAUCAACAGAGAAAUGAAGUUCAUAACAAUUGUGGCAUUGAAAUAUAUUAUCAGACAGACAUGCAGAGCACUUCUGAGAACAUGUUUUUGGAGCUCUUUUGUCAAAUUAUCUCAGAACCAUGCUUCAAUACUCUGCGCACUAAGGAACAGUUAGGUUACAUUGUGUUCAGUGGUCCACGCCGGGCAAAUGGCAUCCAAGGACUGCGAUUUAUUAUCCAAUCUGAAAAGCCACCACACUAUUUAGAAAGCAGAGUCGAAGCGUUCUUAAAAACUAUGGAGAAAUGCAUAGAAGACAUGACAGAAGAGGCCUUCCAAAAACACAUCCAAGCUUUAGCAAUUCGUCGUCUAGACAAACCAAAGAAGCUCUCUGCAGAAUGUGCUAAAUACUGGGGAGAAAUCAUUUCCCAGCAGUAUAACUUUGACAGAGAUAAUAUUGAAGUGGCUUAUCUAAAGACCCUCACCAAGGAUGAUAUUAUACAAUUCUACAAGGUGCUGUUGGCAAUAGAUGCUCCCAGAAGACACAAGGUAUCAGUACAUGUCCUUGCAAGGGAAAUGGAUUCCUGCCCUGUUGUUGGAGAAUUUCCAUGUCAAAAUGAUGUGAACCUGGCACCAGCACCACCACUACCACAGCCAAGUGUGAUUGAAAAUAUGACAGAAUUCAAGCGCAGUCUUCCACUCUUUCCACUGGUGAAACCACAUAUCAAUUUCAUGGCUGCAAAACUGUGAAGAACCCCGAUGGAUGAAGAAAUGCAAAUGAUCAGUGCUGACAUGGUUUCAGGGGACUUCAUGAUGAACAAAAUUAUUAAAGAUCAUUAGGAUAGAUGGUUCUGUCCGUUAUGGAAGUCCCAAAUUCCUUCUUGAUUCAUUUGACAUUAGCUGUGUUAGGGAUAGAGAGUAUAUAAAAAUCAGUUGUGGUCAUGUGUCAUUUAUAUUACAGACAACCUGUUGAAAACCAAAAUCAACUGAAACAAUAAGAAUAAGAAACUUAUAGGUGCAGUGUAUUUUUAAAAUAAUAUAACCCUUCAAAUGUUCAUUUUGAUAAAAUAGCCCUCCAGAGCAAACAAAAUCACUUGUAAUAUCCUUAUUACUCCUGAAAAACACCAUUUGGUAUCCCAAUAAUUAUCUUAUUGGGUGCUGGAGGGGGUGAGAAAAAGUAGGUCCUUUUUGGGAUGGCGUCAAUAAUUUUUCUUAAAGAUAGAGACUUUCACAUUUUUUUGAAGUGAUGUGUUGAAUGAGACUUUUUUAAUUGAUCCUUCAUGCAACCAACAUAUUUUCUAUUUAAGUUUUAUGAAGACUGGGGGAGGGGGGAAAUUUGACAACACAAGUAGUAAGUAACAGUAAGUAGUGAGUGACAGUAUUGUCUUAAUGAGAACAGUUGAACAUGUGGGCAUGAUUUUAAUCUUUCUGUAGAAAUUUGGGGACAUUUUAUAUUAAUACUAGUAAAAUGCUGGAAACACUUUAAUAGUGCAUCUUAUUUUUGUAAGCAAAAGUGUUGUCCCAGUCUCUUGAUACUCUCUGUCAUCAUCUUGUUCAGUUAUUCAGUGUUGCUGUGAAUUGUUUCCAUUUAGUAUAGAAAAUGCUUUAUUUGGUGUCAUUGUUUGUUUCCAGUUGUGCGUGGACUGAUAGAGAACUCAGUGUAUUUUGCUUCAUUUGUUAUGUUAGGUCUCAGUCCAUCAAAGUACUUAGAAGUGCAAAUAACCUUAAGCACACAUUAGUUCUUGCCUCAAGAACAGGUGAAUGUCAGAUAUGGAAACAUGUUAGAAUGUUCUAAUAAAUCUGUGUGGGUCCUUCUUGUCCUUCGUGAAGGCAUUUGGAACAGCACGGUACUGGGUUAGUGGUACCGCUGUAGCACAGGGUGUGGUUCAGGUUACAUCACAAAAUGUUUAGUCCCACUUCUUUUAAGAAGGAUGCACAAAACCCAGAAGGCUCAAGAGUCUAUGCUGAAAUAUUCUAUAAGUGUAUUCCAUAAUUUAGUAAAAUGAUAAAACAAUAUAUGGUGUUUAAUCACCACAUUUACUGACUUGUGCAGAGUGGUCUUGUGCUUGGGAGAGCACCCAAAUAAAGAAAGGUAAGGGAGCGUCUCACUAAGUUCUUCUGCCUGUUUGAUGCAUAAAACUGACUGUAAUUAUUCAGACAGGAUAGAGUGCAAAGCACUGAAGUUAUAAAAUCUGCUCAUCAGGGUUAUUACUGAGCAUUUACUUCUUAUUAAAAGAACUUGAAAUGAAGGCACUGAUGUGACAUGCAUUUUGUCCUAUAUCAGAAUCCUGAUGUAUUCAAUAGAGCUGUUCUUGUCAUUGAAUCAAUGUUCUUUCUUACAGUGGCUCUGAAGCCAAAUUAAGUGAAUGUUUGACAUGGGAAGGACCUUCAGUUGUCUUUGUCCAAGAGCCUUUUCUAGUUGAAUAAAUACAGUAUAUUUAAAAGGUGUUUUAUAGGUUAACAGCACACGUUUCAACAUCAUUUUAAUAAAUUUGAUGAUUGUUUGUGGUGUAACCUGUUGCCAGGAAAGACAUUUUUUUGUAGCCUGAGGAGAAAGAAAACUGAACAUAGCGUGAGCAAAACCAGUCUCUGUUCACCACAUUUUUCAUGGAUCUUUCACUUAAAAUGGGCUUUUUUGCCAUCUUGCAUUUUGCUUUUGUUUAUAGUUUUCCUUUAGUGAAAGUAUUUGUAUUAUGUAUGUUAAAAGUUUUGACAACAUAUUAUAAAAAUAUAUAUUUUGGGAUCUAGUAUUUAAACAUACCACUUUUACAGUGAAUAAAAUGAAACAGCUUCUAUCGUGUAAAAAUAAAUAAAUAUAUAUAUUCACGGGAAUACUAUCAAUUCUAAUUUUAACAAAUUAUAUAAAUACAUUGGAAUGGCAAUGUGUUUAAUACAAUCUCACAGGUCAUGUUUUCCAGAGGGAAAAAUGCAGAAUUUUAAAGUUCUGUGACUGGAUGUGGAAACUCAUGUAGUUUUCCAGCAACUCUUAAUCACUCUUAAGUGUUCUCCAGCAUUUUACAGUUUCUGAGUUUGAUAUAGCAGUAAAUUUUGAUAAACUCAGGCAUACUAAUGGAUUCAUUUUAAUGGAUCCAAAGCUGCAGUGUCUACAAGCAAUAAAAAACUACCUAGAAUACACUGUAAUUCAAUUUUAGUGCUUGUUAAUUAGUUUAUGUAAGAAACCAUAAAUUAUUAUUACACAACUGUAAUUUUUGCAAGUGCUAUUUUAAGCAGUUGGUGUGGAAUUGGGUGCAUGUGACACAGCCAGUAUGACAGAGUGCUAGAG